AUGUCUUCCUACGCUGAGGCUAAGACUGGUGUCUUCUGGGACAUUGAGGAUUGUCCAAUCCCUAAUGGUCUCGAUCCCGUUUCGGUUUCUCAAAACAUCAAAUCAGCUCUCGCGAAUCAAGGUUAUCGUGGUGAGGUUUCAAUCAAUGCUUACAAAGAGAAGAAGACGAUUCGAAAUGACUUUGAACUCGCAGGAAUCAACUUGGUAAUCGCAGGAGAUAAACAUGGUAGAUCCAUGAGUAUGUUUAACGCUUUUUUUGGCUGGGUACUGAGGAAUCGUGGUGCAAAUACAAAUUUGUUGAUAAUCUCAAGAGACAAGACCGAGUUCUUCACUCAUCUCGAAGGCUGUGUAGCGGAAAAUCACAAUAUCCUCUUAGCAGAGUCUGAAGAACCACCAGAAAGAUGUUCCAAGUGCGGGAUUGCCUUGGACAAGCCUCCUAUCUCCGACAAGCCGGUUUUCGGAAAUGAAGAAUGGUUUUGGACAAGCCUAGCAACUGGAGGAGAACCCAUCAAAAGACCAGAGCUUUGUACUGUUGAGGGUAAGGAUACUGAGGAGUAG